AUGUCUGCUCCAAACUCUUUCGUUGGUGUUUUAUAUGGAAUCAGUUUCUUUACUGGUGCUUGGUACGGAUCCAAGAAAAAUAGAGAAUUCAAGGCUGAAGCCAAGAAUGCUUUGAUCCACGAUAUCCAAAACAAGAUUAAUGCCGUCAAGGAACAAAGUUUCAAUGAUGGUGCUGAAUCUGUAAGAGCCUCCCUCAGACCACAAGUCGACGGUGAAGGUUUCAAGGAUGAAAUCCAACAACUCUUGGCCGACGUUAUUGGUGCUGAUUUGGUUAGACAACUCUCUGCUUAA